AUGUCGAUGAAUAUCUUUGGUAACGAGGCAACGGAAGAGAAGGCGGAAAAUGCGCGUCUCUCAUCCUUCGUCGGUGCUCUAGCCCUCGGCGACCUCGUCAAGUCGACUCUAGGUCCUAAGGGCAUGAACAAGAUCCUCCAGUCCGCGUCCUCCGGCGAUAUCAACGUCACAAAUGAUGGCGCAACGAUCCUGAAGGCGAUCCAACUGGACAACGCUGCGGCGAAAAUCCUAGUGAACAUCUCGAAGGUGCAGGACGAUGAGGUUGGCGACGGGACGACGAGUGUAUGCGUGCUCGCGGCGGAGCUACUGCGUGAGGCGGAGAAACUGAUCGCGAUGAGGAUCCACCCGCAAACAAUCGUUGAGGGGUACCGUAUUGCGAGCGCCGCGGCGUUGAAGGCACUGGAGAAGGCGGCGGUCGACCAUAGUACGGACCCUGCUCAGUUCAGACAAGAUCUCUUCAAUAUUGCGCGAACAACGCUCUCGUCAAAAGUCCUCUCACAGGACAAGGAGUAUUUUGCGAAUCUUGCUGUCGAUGCUGUCCUCCGAUUGAAGGGCUCGACCGACUUGGAUCACAUUCAAAUCAUCAAGAAGGUUGGCGAAAAGCUCACGGAUUCGUAUCUCGACGAAGGAUUCAUUCUGGACAAGACGAUCGGUAUCAAUUGUCCAAAACGCCUAGAGAAUGCGAAGAUUCUCAUUGCGAACACGUCGAUGGACACGGACAAGAUCAAGAUCUUCGGAGCGCGUGUGAAGGUGGACAGCACUGGAAAGUUGGCAGAACUCGAGCGUGCGGAACGAGAAAAAAUGAAGGCGAAGGUGGAAGCUAUUGCCUCACACGGUAUCAACUGCUUCGUGAACCGUCAACUCAUCUAUAACUAUCCUGAAAACCUACUCGCCGACAAGGGCAUUGUCACAAUUGAGCAUGCUGACUUCGAAGGCGUGGAGCGACUAUCACUUGUCACUGGCGGUGAGAUCGCGAGUACGUUCGACCGACCAGACCUCGUCAAACUUGGACGCUGCGACUUGAUCGAGGAGAUCAUGAUCGGCGAGGAUAAGCUGAUCAAAUUCUCUGGCGUCGCUGCGGGUGAGGCAUGUACUGUCGUCCUGCGUGGAUCAACUUCGCAGAUGGUCGACGAAGCCGAGCGCUCGCUGCACGACGCGCUCUCGGUCCUUUCGCAAACCGUGAAGGAGACACGAGUGGUACUGGGUGGCGGCUGCGCGGAGAUGCUCAUGAGCUGUGCGGUGGAGGAGGAGGCGCGGAAGAUCACGGGCAAGAAGGCCAUCGCAGCGGAGGCGUUCAGCAGAGCGCUGAGACAGAUUCCGACCAUCCUAGCAGACAAUGCAGGGUAUGACUCGUCGGAUCUCGUGUCGAAACUUCGAGCGGCACACUAUGAGGGCCAUUCGGACGCCGGCCUCGACAUGAACGAGGGCGCGAUUGGAUCCAUGCACAAGCUUGGCGUCACCGAGAGCUACAAGCUGAAACGCCAAGUAGUUCUCAGUGCGAGUGAGGCUGCAGAGAUGAUUCUCCGUGUCGAUGACAUCCUGCGCGCGACACCACGAAGACGGGAGGCGGUAUAGAAGACAGACGUUUUAGAAUACGACACAGCCAAAAUUUGUAUUGCCUACGAUUUCUGUCCCUACUAUGGGCCGACUGACCGCACUUGCUGCAGUGCACGUAUCAUAUCA